AUGAACGCGUUUUCGGCGCGUUUGACAGCGGCGGAAGCGGAGAAACUAAAAAAACAGCCGUGGGUGGAUCGCGUGGAGAGGAGCCAGAUGGUGCGCGCGGCGACGACGCACACGCCCGACUUCCUCAACCUGCCCAACAAAGUCUGGCCGCAGCUGGGCGGGGAGAGCCGCGCGGGGGAAAAUGUGAUUGUAGGCCUCAUUGACUCGGGUAUUUGGCCGGAGCACCCGGCCUUUUCGGACAAGUUCUUUUUUUUCUCUUUCGCGGACGUUAACUUUACCAGUCAUCGUUUUGCCCACCUGUCCGCGCAGACUAGCACCCCGUACGGCCCGCCGCCCAGCCGGUGGCGCGGGGGUUGCAACACGACGGCGGACUUUCCGCGGUGCUCGCAGAAGAUCAUCGGCGCGCAGUGGUUCGUGGCGGGGCUGAAGGCGGAGGGCGGGCGCAUCGACCCCAGCAUCGAGUUCCUGUCGCCCCGCGACGCCAACAGCCACGGCAGCUGGUGCGCUGGAGCGGCUGCGGGCAACGCCGUGCGCGUCAAGUCGGGCGCGCAGCCCUUGGGUACGGCGCGCGGAAUGGCGCCGCGCGCGCGUUUGGCAAUAUACAAGGCGCUGUGGUUCGACGGGCAGGUGGCGAUGGGCAGCGAGGCUGACGUGUACAAGGCCGUGGAUCGCGCCGUGGCGGACGGCGUGGAUCUUCUCUCCAUGUCCGUCGCCUUCAGCGAUGAGAACUACUUCAAGCACCUCCCGCUCAUGCGCGCCGCGCAGGCGGGCGUGCUACCAGUGCUGGUGGCCGGCAAUCUCAAGGCGCCGCCGGACAGCGACGACGGACAGUACCGCACCAUCCGCAACGCGUCGCCUUACUACCUCACCGUCGCCGCUAGGUGCGCCGCUUUCCCCGCUGUGGGUGUGUUGUCCCCUCCACUCGCCUGCCGCCCCCUCCCUCGCCGCGCUGUGGAUGGUGCUGUGGUGUCUCUCGCCGCCCUCUCCUCCCGUGCUGUGGUGUCUCUCGCCGCCCUCUCCUCCCGUGCUGUGGUGUCUCUCGCCGCCCUCUCCUCCCGUGCUGUGGUGUCUCUCGCCGCCCUCUCCUCCCGUGCUGUGGUGUCUCUCGCCGCCCUCUCCUCCCGUGCUGUGGUCACGACGGACAGAGCGUGGCCGCCGCAAGCCACGCUGAGGCUGCAGGACGGCGCAGCCACCACUGCCUCCGCCAGGACCGCGGGCGGGCGGAGCACCGCCACCGCGGAUGACGACGGCGGGGGAGGAGUGAGCGCGGAGGCGGUGACGGUGGUGGGGGUGACGUACCACGCGGGCACGGCGCACACCGUGAACCUCUCGCUCGUAGAUGGCGCUUCUGCCGCCGCCAGCAACGUGCCUCUCAUGCAGGCGCGCAUGUGUCUGCCCGGCGCGCUCUCCCCCGCGCGCGUGGCGGGGCGCAUGGUCCUCUGCGAGGCGGGGGGGACGACGCCCGAGGCCAAGGCGGGGGAGGUGCGGAGGGCGGGCGGGCGCGCGAUCGUGAUCGCGUCCGCGUCCGCCACGGCGGGCAGCGUGGGGGAGGGGUACGCGCUCGACCUGCCCUCCCUCGUGGUCAACCGCUCCAUGUCGCAGGCGCUGCGCAGCUUCCUCAACAGCUCUAGCAGUCCCCGCGCGACCCUCUCCUCGCUCUCACUGCAGUCCAACCAGGUGGCGCCAGUGAUGGCACCAUUCUCCUCCACGGGCCCCAUAGUGGACCCCAAUCUCCCCCCCGGCCACUCCCCCGAGGGCUUCACCAACGACAUCUUAAAGCCCGACAUCACCGGCCCAGGCGUCAACCUCCUCGGCCCCAUGGCCUCGGGAAAGAACGGGGAGGCCGCGUACCAGCUGCUCUCAGGAACGUCUAUGGCUGUGCCUCAUCUGGUGGGGAUCGCGGCGCUGAUAAUGCAGAAGUACCCGAGCUGGAGCCCAGCAGCGGUUAAAUCCGCGAUCAUGACGACGGGCACGGUGUUUAACAAUCGGAACGAGCCGAUCCGGACGUCGUCGGGGCACCGAGCGACGCCGUGGAAUUUUGGGUCGGGGCACGUGGUGGCGGUGAGGGCGAUGGACCCGGGGCUGGUGUACAACGUGGGUGCCAAGGGCUACAUGGCGUUCCUCUUCGGGAUUAAUUUCAACUCGGCGAGCAAAGUCUUCCAGCACCAGCAGCAGGUGCCGCAGAAGGGGGGCGGGCGGACGGCGAUCAAGGCGUACGAUCUGAACCUGCCGAACAUCUGUGUGUCGAAUCUGGUGAAGCAAGUCACGGUGGUUCGGCGCGUGACGAACGUGGCUCGGCAGGUGUCGAAGUACAGAGCAAGAGUGGUGGCGCCGAAGAACGUGCGAGUGGUGGUGGCGCCGGGUGCGUUUACGAUAGCGCCGGGCGCGUCGCAGGUGUUUUCGGUGACGUUCACAGUGGUGCAGGCGACAAGGGCGUUCUCGUUUGGCAGCCUCACGUGGGUGGAUGGCACACACCGAGUGCGGUCUGUGCUGGCCGUGCAGCCCGUUCAGGCGUGA